GGCCUCUUACUUUCGCCUUCUGGCUGUGUCUUUCGCGGCGCUCUCCGUGCGCAUUAUUUCGCGUGCCCUCUCCAUUGCCCCAUCAUAUGCUUCUGCUAGUGGCAGCAAUGCCUGUACACCCGAGCUUCUGCAACAAAUCUCGGGGCUGCACAUGGAGCGAUGUGCGGCUACUCUUGAGGCCGCCGUCCAGCUCAUUGCAAGCACUGCUACGACCCCCGGCAGCAGCAGCACGAAUAGCACACCAGGUUUUUCAGUCGCACCUGGGGAGAAGCGUGGUGCUCGAACUGAGGAUCCGGAAGCGUUGGUGUCUGCACACUUGGAGCGCCAGCUCCUGUCGCUCAGCGGUGAAGCAGCAUCGAGUGCUGCAGCAGCUGCGUCUGCGUUGCAACAGCCUGCGUGUGCUCCGCCUGAAGUGAGACGGUGCCUGGCGCUGCUUCAUAUUAGCCUCAGCGGGGCCCCCUUAGGCAAAGAAGACUGGAAACAAGGACUGGCGCGGUUCCUUGAGGAUGCCAUUAAGACGGCGGGAAAUUGUCUCUUCGCUCUGAGCUGCAUCUCGUCGGGGACCCCUAUGGCGUACAGUGGGGGUUUGCCUCAGGCAAAUCGCAUUCUAGAAGUUUCCCUUAGUGAAUCUCCUUUGGGUGCCCCUACCCCGGCCUCUGUUGCGGCCUGGAGCAACCACAUGAGCACUGAAGGGAGGAAAGCUCUCGCAGCACGCACGGGGUGUGCAUCCGAAGUGCGCACGAAAGUAGAUAGAGAAUCUGAACGAUGCGUUACGAAGUCUCAUUUGAAGCACCCUUGA